AUGCAGCAUGUCCUCGAGCCCCAGCGCGGACGGGCAUGGGUGGAGUCGCCGUAUCUGCGGUCGCUGAUGUCGCGAGAUGACUGGCAUUCUAUCCCAACUCCACCUCCCUCACCCCGCCCAAACCUCCAAUACCACAAAUCCUAUGCCCUCACCAAAGUCCCUCCACGUCAAUCAUCCUCCCACACAUGCUUCCACACACACCCAUCUAACACCCUCCCGCCCACCCCCCAGGCAGGCGGCCUAGCAGGCACAACCGUCGACCUCUCCCUCUACCCCCUCGACACGCUCAAAACCCGCCUCCAAUCCUCCUCCGGCUUCGCCCUCUCCGGCGGCUUCACCGGCAUCUACCGCGGCGUGGGUUCUGCCAUUGUCGGCUCCGCCCCAGGCGCAGCCCUCUUCUUCAUCACCUACGACUCCAUCAAGCGGGCCCUCGCGCCCGCGCCCUCAACCGCCUACACCGCCGCCGGCAAGCCCUUCAAACAAGUCAACCCAGACGCAGGCAACGAGGCCCUCACCCACAUGCUCGCCGCCAGUCUAGGCGAGGUCGCCGCCUGCGCCGUCCGCGUGCCCACCGAAGUCGUCAAGCAGCGUGCACAGGCGAGUCAGCAUCCGAGCUCGCUAUCGGCCCUGCGGUUUAUCCUCGACCAGAGACGCACGCACAGUUUGCUGCAUGUCUGGCGCGAGUUGUAUCGCGGCUGGAGCAUCACGAUUAUCCGGGAGGUGCCGUUUACGGUGAUUCAGUUUCCGCUCUGGGAGGCGCUGAAGCGCUAUCGGUUGGCGCAGACGGGGCGCGAGCAGGUUUCUGGCCUCGAGGGCGGCGUGCUGGGUAGUGUUGCUGGGGCGGUGGCGGCGGGCGUUACGACGCCGUUGGAUGUGCUCAAGACGCGCAUGAUGCUUGCUAGGGAGAAACAGCCCAUGGUAGGCAUGCUCAAGGAUAUACUGCGGGAGAGUGGACCGAGGGCCUUCUUUGCGGGGAUAGGUCCGAGGGUGGGGUGGAUCAGUGUAGGAGGGGCCAUCUUUCUCGGGAGUUAUCAGUGGGCGAGUAAUAGAUUGGGGGGUGUGGUGGAGGGGGGGUAA